UAAGAGUCGUGGCACAUCGCAAAACAAGGAAGUUUAGGUUGAAUUUAUGAAUAACAAAUUAUCAAAUCGUAGAGACACCGGAAUCUCAAUUUCCAUACUUACUCUGCUCGUCGGAUUAAGGGAUUAAUUUGCUGCCUGGUUGGCGCAGUGGUUAGCACACCCACUCCUGGGUUUUCCGGCCUUGGCAUAUGUGCGUUUGGUUGUUGGCAACCAAGCCGGACAAUUGGGUUUUCUUCGAGCAAUCUGCUUAACAUCGUGCCAACGAGAAUGACGUUACAUGAGUUAAAUUAACUUUCUGUACAAUCGUUGUAAAUUUUAAACUGAAAAGAAAUCUUGAUAUACUUCAGGGUGCUUACAUUCAUACUGCAUUGUACAAACUACAUUUCGAAGCCAUGAGGACGCCAGUUCUGCUUGCGAGUAUUGUGCUCCUAUUAAAUAUAUAUUGUGGGAUCGCGUACCACCUUGACAACAACGAAGUAAAAACAACGUCAAAUCUAGGAGAUAUCGUUUCCGUACCCGAGGAAGAAAACGAAACUUUAUCACCUAGAUUCAUUGUAUCACCUCCGAACACUCAUCCAAAAAAUAUGAAACAAACCGUUACUAGAGAAAAUGGUCACACUGUCGAUACAUACAUUAACCACGACACAGUGUCAAGUGUUGAAAAGGCUGGCUUAAACGGAAAAGAAGAUUCUGUGUCCGAAGAAUGUGCAAUUGAAGUUGAAACGCGUUCAGUGGAUAGAUUUCGUCAUUUGGUUUUUAGAUCUGACAGUAAUUUCGUCCUUUUAAAUUUAACUUCAAACUAUGGUUCAGGAAUACAUUUAAGGAAAGCAGAAUGGACAAUUGCAGAAAAUAUUUGGAUAUGGACAUUUUACGGGAAAGAAGGUGCAUUAGAAUUUCUCAAAUGGCCAACUGAAUUUGGAAUUUGGUCCAUGGGUCUAUUAUACGAAUCUGUGAUCAGAAAACCAAUUGAGAUAUCACUGAAACGAAUUACUGGCAAUUGUUCGAAAUUAGAAGUCGGAAAAAAGGAUGAUGACCUUGUUAUUGCGAAAGCCUUAACGAAAUUAACACUUGAAAUGAUGUCGCUUGACAAGGAAAAGUAUGCACCUAGCUUUUAUUGCUACCGAAAAAGAAUGAUAAUAGACGCAUACGUACUUUGCAAACAUAUUGUGUGUCCGAUUGAGGCAGUAAAACACUCUUGCUGCAAUUUCUUCUACAACAAAACUUUAAAUCAGAGAGUAAUGAACUGUAAUGAACUUGAAUUCGAGUACGACGAAGUGUGGUGGAUCUUUCCAAGCAUUAUUUCGACAGUGUUGCUGAUGUAUUCACCUUUAUUUCUUAUGUACAUAUUGUACCACUAUUCAGAACGGGAAAGCGGUCGUCUGCGAUUAAAUGUUUUGAAUGGACUUACGGAGAACACUAUAACUUUUACACAAGACAACAACGAGUCUAUGAUUAUACAUUCUCACGAUGAGUAUAUCUUAUUCGAUGGUAUUAAUCAUGUCACUUUGUUAAACACAAUCUGUAUUCCUUUGAACAUGAGUUUGGCAGCAAUGGGUUGUUUUACGGACGUAUCAAAGCGUUCGGUUAGACUUCUCAUUCCUGUAUUAAGCCUUACCUUUGUUGGACUGCAGGUGGUGUUAGAUUAUAAGGUAUUGUACAAGUUUGUACACGACUGUGUCGAAUCCGGCGUACCAAUGGGUUUUCGCUCAAUGCUGACGGGCUAUGAUAAAAGUAAAAAUAUUUUUCUACCCUACAUUGGUGGCCCUUUCGUUGCUCUGUUCUUGCGCCCAGCGAUCCAGCUAGACUAUUGUCCGAUGCUGUUGUAGCUUCGAGAUCGUCACAAAGUAUUCCUGAAGCUUCGCCACUUUUUUUGAGUCUCAAUAAUAUAGAAAUAUUCGGUGCAAUAAAUCUUAAAUACAGCAAAGGCUUUCGUAAGAUAUAUAAUAUUUUCCUUGCUCAAUUCUUUAUGCUUAUGAAUGUGAAGUUCUGGAAACACAUUUUCAAAAUUCAAACCGCUCGAUGGAAUGUUUAUAAUAAAUGCUGUCUUUGCGUCACUGUCUUUCCUUUGUAUUUUAUAAUGUGUUGUGUAGAGAUUUUUUUAUCCGUAAUAAUAUACGGCUUCCCGAUUGUAUCAUUUGGAGUGCUGAUAACUAAAGCAUAUUGUAUUCCUUUUAACAGAGGCGUUCGUAGAUGUAGAGAUCAUAUUUGCAUGUAUCUUUUUACAGGUUGUCUCAUUCUAUCAGUUGUAUAUUUUAUCUUUAUGUUUGCUACUAUUUUUUCUGACGCUAUUUUGUUUCUCACACGCGUUGCUAUAUUUACAUUCACUGGCAUAAUCGUUUAUCCUAAAACGGCGUACGGAUAUAUGAUAUUUGGCUUUACUGUGUUUUACUAUCUUUCGAACUGUUUUAGUGACUUUUCUAUGAACUAUAGCAGGCUCAUGAAGGAUAUUAUCAAACUUACAAAGGGCUUUCAGCGGCAUAAUGAAAACACCCAGAAAAAGGUGCUUUUCAAACAUAAGGACAAAUGGGGAAUUAGAGAGUCCCUUUUUGAACUAGCAUAGAAAACCACAGCCCUCGACGAAAAUUGUUGUUUUCGACGCUCCUCCGAGCAUUUGUUGUUCUCGGGUUACUGGGAAUUUGUAUUAACAUGCUUUCCAAAACGGACAGUUUUCGUGAGCUUCACGUCAUAAUGCAUGUUGGUACCGCUUUGUUUAUCUGCGCUUUACCGCAGAUAGUGAACCGUGUUUGCAAGAAAGAGGACAGCGCUAAGGUAUUAAAGUGACGCAGAAAAGCAUUGAUCAACACAGUUAAGGAAUAUCUUGGGUAUUUUGCUGAUAGUGAAACGUCUGAUUCGGAAGAUAAUGGCCUUUAAAGGCAAACCAUGAGAGCAUGGGCUUGCUGCUAUACUUAAAGAUUUGGGAACUUCAGACGAUCAAGCUCGUCGCGUAAAAAAGAGAUUGAUUUACGAUCUGGGCCAUAUUCAUCAAGCACUUAGUUGAAUUGUUCAGUGAGAACAAGCCUUGUCUUAUAUAAAGUUCAAAAUAAUAAAAUAACUAUGUUACGAAGAUAAGCUAGUAAGAGGUCUAGAUUAUAAAGGCACAUGAUUAAAUAUGAUAGGAUAAAGAGUGUAUUCAAACCUUUCGUCACUAAAAGAUCGAAAUAUUCAUGUAUGAAACUUCAUACAUACCGCCCCUAGCUUAUAUUUCCUGCAACAAAUAAUAGGCAACAGUGGUAACAAUGGUUACAUAACCAGUACUCUUAGAAGUGAUUGUGUGUUAUUGUGUUUUGUUUCAUCUCUCAAACCUCAACUGCCUGACUUUUCCCCUCACCCUUGCUUACUUUCGCUAGUAAUCCCUCGUUUGGCUGUAUGUCGAAAGGUUAGUUGGCUGUCGGGGUUCUAUAAGAACAGCACGGAUCUGAUUCCCCUUAUAGAGUGGUUUUGUUUUUUCUGAACUUUUUUAUAUUGCAUUAUAAUUAUGAAAUCAUAUUGAUAUAUACAAUUUUAUAAUUUCAGUUAUCGUAAUAUUUAGUGUUUGUGUUGUUAUUGAAAGUAUAUUUCAUUAUUAUGAUAUAUCACAUGGUGCAUGUCCAUUUUAACCCAUUAUAUAACCCCAGUAUCGUUAUAUUGAUGGCUUUGUUUUUGAGAACAACAUAUAACAUUAUAAUAAAGAAAACAUUUUAUAACACCGGUUAUAACUAUUGUUAUUGUAGUUUUAGAUACAUGUUGUAUAUAUAAAGUAUUAUGAAAACAUAUUGAUACAUUUUCACUAAGUUUAAAUUGUACACUAAGAAGGUAUUGAUUACGGCCCAAGGACUAUAAUUCCUGCUAAAGUAAACAGCUAAUAAACAUAGUUACACUUCCAAUAAAUCGUAAUGGUGAUUGUGUUGUUUCUGAAAACAUAUAACAUGACAUUUCUAUUUUUCAACACAUAUUUAAACGUUUUUGUAUCUAGAUAUUCUUACCGUGCCUUUAAAGGGUUUAUACUAUAAGUACCUUUGUAAACAUUCAUAAAAUCAGACUAUUCGGGAUAUUUGUCAACAAUAAACAACAAAAUUAUAAUCAAGGGGCGCAACUUUUGUAAUGCGAUUAUCAUCCGGGUUAUAGACAACCUGUUAAAUGUCAUACGGUGUCCAUUUCUUCAUGAAAACCAAGACUUCAUUUAUGAAACGUAAUCUAUUUUCAUAAUGAAAUAUGCAAAAAUAACCAAAUAUACAACAGUGAUCUAAAUUAAAUCUCGAGUGUAUAUAUAACCACGGACCUACAAGCCAGGCCCCAAUUCCUCGGAACAUCUUAAGUCUCUUAUGACCAGUGUAUCUCAGUGAAAUGACCACUUACAUCGAUACUCUUUAAUCCUUUUCAUUCUGUUGUCUGUCUGUCUUGCUUUAAUGAAUUUAAUGUGCAUAUAUUAUUUAUCUGUGCCUUAAUUCAUACAUGUCAUUGUACGAUCCCUGUACCAUUCUGUGUCAGUAUGCAUUAGAGUCAAUGAAUUAUAUUGGACAGAUUGGUUUGAUAGUACUAGUGGCUUGCGACAAGGUUGUUCCUUGUCACCUUUGUUAUUUAAUUUGUUUCUGAAUGAUUUAGUAGCAAAAAUUAAGGCUAUAGGAAAAGGUAUAAACAUAGAAAAUGAAUUUGUUUCUUUCCUGUUGUAUGCCGAUAAUACUGUCUUAUAGCUGAAAAUGAAAAUGAUUUACAGUAUUUUUAAGAAGUAUUAUCCAACUGGUGUCCUGUUAACACUAUGGCAGUAAAACCUCAGAAAAGUAAUAUAGUCUGUUUUAGACCACCAUCUGUUGACAAAAGAUCUUAUACUUUCACUUGUGGUGACCAUACUUUACAAGUCGUCAGCCAGUACACCUACUUGGGUCUUCUUUUGGAUGAGCAUUUAGAUUUUAAAAGCCCCUGCAAAGUCUGUGGCACAAAGUGCUGGAAAAGCACUAGGGAUCCUGAUAGCAAAAUCGCAUGCCAUAUAAUGUUUUAACAACACUAUAUGAAAGCUCGGUGUGGCCUAUUGUUGCUUAUGGUGUCUCUAUAUGGGGUACUAAGUCCUACUCCAGUAUAAAUGCGGUGCAAAAGAGGGCUAUGCGCUUUUAUCUAGAUUUGGGAAAAUAUACUCCAACUGCUGCUCUAUAUGGUGAACAUGGUUGGCGACCAGCUCUUGUGAAACAGUGGAGCUAGACAAUGGCAUAGAUUUAAUAGCAUGAAAAUAACUAGAUUGAACUAUAAAAUAUAUGAAUACUGUAAUAAAAAAGCAAGUCCUAAAUGCAAAAACUGGCAAUAUAUUUUUGUACAACAAUUAGAAAAAAAAGAUUUGUCAAAUCUGCUGAUUACACAUUCUCAGUUCUCAUCGAAAAGAUUUUGUGAUUUCGUUGAAAAUAAUAGCAUGGGUCUAUAUGUUAAUAAAUGGAAAAACUGUAUAACCAGUGCAACUGGUCCUAGUGGACGUGGCAGAAAUAAGUUGAGAACAUAUCAAUUAUUACAAUCUCAAUUUGAAACUGAGUCCUAUGUAUCAAUUUUAAUGCCCUUAAAAUAUAGAACAGCACUUGCUAAGUUUAGGUGCGGGGUAGCACCUCUUCGUCUGGAGACUGGCAGAUAUGAAAAUCUGGUAGUGAUCUAUAGAAUCUGUCCUAUAUGUAAACAAGAUGUUGAGUCAGAAUUAAAUGUGUUAACUAUUUGCUCUGCUUACCAACCACUUAGAAAAGCACUGUAUGAUAAAGCUAAGGAUAUCAAUGUUGAGUUUGUUAACAUGGAUGAUGUACAUACGUGUAUUUUUUAACUCUCCAAUACAGAUAUUGUUUAAUUAACCGCCAAAACCUGUUUUAAUAUACUUUGUACACGUAGUUAAGUGAUACUCCUUUUAAAUGUAUACUUUCUUAGCUUAAAUGAGUCAUAUAAAUAAGAUUAAGUUUUUAGAAUAGACUUAAUUGUUUUUAUCCUUUAUCAACAAUGUCGAGAUAUGUUUUUUUAGUCUCCUGUAAUUCAAUUUUAUAUAUGGAUGUGCACUGAACUCUUAGAUAUUUGUAUUUUAUGCUUUGUUAUGCUGUGUACAUAUGAGAAAUGAAUAAACUAUAAAACUGUCAAUUUAGUAUAGCAUAUUGUAUAUGUUUUGUUAAUUUAUAAGGUAGUGUUUAUGCUAACAUUGGGUUAAAAAUUUUAAUUAUAAUUAUUUUUUUACUUAAAACGCGAUGUCUAAUCACUUAUUAUUCACAUUUAAACUUGUGUAAUACAUUUUCAUUAAAAAUUGUUAAAGCGCUUUUAAACUUAAGUUUAUCUUACUAUAGUUUUUUUUUUUUACUUAUUAAUGGUUCUGCGUAUUGUAUUGCGUAACUGUGUAAGUGUGUAUAUACACACGAGAGUGUGCCAGUGUCUCUCAAGUUGCAUACAUUAUUUUUGAAUAUGCUUAAAUGUAAACAUUUACAAAAAAAUCGCUAUACAUUUGUCCUAAUGCUAAGCAUACUACCUAAUUUGUCAUAUAGAUAGAAACCUAUGCGACACUCCACGGAUAUACAUCUUUUCUCGCACUAUCGUUAUAGUUACAGCAUCUUAAUACUGCGUGUAUGUACUGCUUACUAUACUCUUGAUGAUAACUUGAUUUUACUUAUAUAUCUCGUUUGAAUUACAUCCAUUUCAAUUUUAAGUUAAUUUAGGAUCUUUCAAGAAAAUUUAUGUUAAAUAGGUUAUGACUUGAAAUGUUCAGGUAUCCUUUGUGUCUAUGUACAAACUGACUUGUUUUUACUAAUUUUAUCAACUUGUGCAUACGAUUGAUUACCAGUUAGUGUAAAUAUAUGUUCAAUUCUUUACGUACACAGUUUAUACUCUUCGAUGAAAAUAAAAAUAACUAUGACUGCAAUAUGCUCUUGUAAACUUAAGUUCAUUGUUCUGUAGGCUUUAAAACACUUUCCUUGUUCUUUUUGCAUCAAACAUCUUUUCCUGUUCUUUUUUCUUCUAGUAGUCAGUGCCACUUUACUGGUCAAUUGUACAGCUAUAAUAUUAAUAUUUUCGAUUUUAUUUAGAAUGGAUAUUUUUUUUAAUAAUCGGCCUGUAAGAACGUUACCCAAUGCUUACUCUUGAAUUGCAUUUAUUACUGUUUUAUUUUCUUCUCUCUCUAGAUAGAUCCAGUUUCUGUGUUAUUUGGUGGUAAGAGUUGAAUCAUGUCUUUUUUGUUCAGCUGAAUAUUUAUAGUAUAGUUCUGAUAGGCAUGCCAAUCGUAAAAUGUUUUUGUUUAUUUUUUUUUGCGCGUAUCAUGACUGCUCGUGAUAUACCAUCAAUAAUUGUCAUGCCUAGGUACUGUCUAUAUGUUAUUUUUGACAAUAUUUUUCGCAUUAGUUAUAGCUCAUAACAGUCAUUGCAGAUACUUAGUCAAGUUAAAUAUUGUUUGUUCAAUUAAAAUAAACCUGUCUAUGUCUGAUGGAGCUCGCUCUUAUCACCAAGUAAGACGUAUCAUAAAAAUGCUUGUUUUGCGAAGCAAUUAUAGGGAUUUUUACUUUCCAUGGUUAUACCAGCUGGGUUGUACACUAUUUUUUUAUUGUCCGGAGAUAUUCACCCAAAUCCUGGUCCUAGUUCUAGUUACAAUUCUUCCACUGUCCGUUCGAAUGGUGAAAGUUCUCUUAAUAUCACUACCUGUCCCUUAUAUACACUGCAAUAUUCAAAGUCCGUUUGGUAUUCCAUUCAUAUAAAAUGUUACCAUGAUUACUCAGAGCUGAUAAUGAAUAAUGAAAAUUAGGCUCCGCCUACUGCGUAAUGGUAUUUUUAUUACUGCUGCAGGCUUUUGUACAUAGCAGAGUUGUGUUUACUAUCAUGAGAUGUAUGUCGUUAUUAAAGUAUAAAAC